AUGGUCGACUUCGGCAACUAUCACGUUUGUCAGGACGAGCCGUACGUCAUCAAGCCCCCUUGUUUGGUCUACUCCUUUGGGUAAGUUGCGACGUUUAACACAAACAGACUUAACGAAUAUUUCUUGGUUUUGAGUUAAGCAUUAUUACUUUUUUUUAAAAGAAAAAUCACAAGCAAGCAAGGGGGUGGGCAAGGGGCGGGUGAAAGGCAAUACCUGGCUUUCGAUCUCUCCUUGACCCCAUCCUCCGAUUAUAAUUGUACUGGGCAUGUGUUCAGCUCCUUAUUCACGACGGCAUUCUUUAAAUCUACUUCAUCCAGCCCCGAGUGUCAUUUGAACAGCUUCAAGGCGGUUGUGGUGGGGGUUUGGGGAGGUAGGAUGUGUGUCUGUGUGUGUGACGGGACAUCUUAAAAUCGGAUCGUCUUGUGUAGGUCAAAUCUACUUCUUCACGGUUUAAAAAAAAAUUAAAAAAUGCCCCAUUUUAUCGUUCUGAGCGUUCAACGGAGCGUUAAAAUGGACACGCCUAAUUUAGAUGACAAACCUCUCAGAUCUCCAGCAUUAGAGGGCCUACUGUAAGACUUUUUAAUGUAGUAGUCAUAAUAAAAGUGGAAAUAUCUCUUUCUAAAAGUACGGACGGCAGUGGUUGGAAUGGGAGGGGGGUGGCCGCUGGUGGUAGCGAUAACUCGUAGAAACUUAUUUGAAUAUGAUUUAAUCUUUGCUUAUUCAGUCACACCCGAAUAUGCGUAAAAUUUGUCUUGGAACUGGCCACUAAUAAUGGAUGAGUAGGAGGGGAGUAAAUACUUCCAUUCUUAACUACUGACUACUGAGCGUCUAUUCCAAAAUGUCACAAAGAUAGAACCUAACGCCCUCAGGUCACUAUAUUGUUCCAUUUACGAGUAGCAAAGUCAACACACAUUAAACAAAAUGUAAACAUUUUUUUCAAUAUAAAUACAAUUUCAAUUUUUAAUAAUGGCACUUGUUUAUGUCAUGUGUUCAUUAAAUGACGUAGAACGGCGUACUUUUCCAAAGUAAACAUUGAACAUUUCAUUUUUCGAGCCCUAUUAUUAUUCUGUGGCAUUAGGCGGCCUAGCCAAUGUAGAGUGAGGACAAUUAUUUUUGCUUGAAGUAGUUCGUUUUGUGGUUUAAAUUUUCACAUCUCAACAUUCCUCUCUAUCUUCAUGUCCCGAUGCUUACCGUUCAGUAGUGGCUGCCUUCACUUUAAUACCACGUGUGUUGCAACCUUCAGCAACAACAUUGAUUUUGAGACGUUCUUUUCGAUUUGAUAAACUGUGUUGUGAUUUCGUUUAACACACUUUAUCGAGAUUUCUGUCUUGAGAUGGGAAUGAUGUGAGUCAAUGCUUAACACACUUUUUUGAAUAUGUCUCAUUGGGAAAUGGUGUAGGUGGGCCGUCCAGUUAUACGAGCUCUCAAUGCCCUGCCCAAGCACACCUCCACAAGGCCGAGCGCCGGAUCUCCCCUCCCAACAGACCGUGCGGCGGCACGCCGGAAACCUCCUGACUUGCCUUGGGGACGCCCGAUCGACCGAAAACAUUGCGCUUAAAGCGUUCGCGGUCCACUCUCCCCAAGAGUCUGGGUUGAUUUGCUUCUACUUCGGAGGAAAGGUAUUGUGUUACUAACACCACCCCCGCGGCACCCAUUGAGUCUUUCUGUCUGGACGGAAAGCAGAGAUGAAACGGUAGUUUCGUGAAUCUACGGCGCUCUUGUUCUUAGGCUUAUAGUCUAAUCGAGACAAAAUGCAAAGCAUUAAACAAUUUUUUCUCUCACCUUUUUCUCCACUCUCUUUCUCUCAGCCUCUUUCUCUCUCUCUCUCUCUGUUUCUCUAUUUUCAUCCCUGAUUAUCUCCACUUGUUCUUCUUGUAAUAAAGCCGUGACUGUAUGGUUAUCCCCCGUGCCUCAGAUUUUUUCCAGCUCAAACGUGUGUCCGUUCUCUGUACUUUAGAGAACAGCCGUAGAAACCGAUACGAAUACAGGACAUAGUGUUUCCCCAGUGUACAGCAGCUGUGGGUUUUCUGUAAGCCAAACAAGGAACGAAGUCAUUUGAGUGUAAGGCGCCCCCAGGUAGUACAUGGAGGAAAAAAAUGUGUGCAUCAAUAAUUUCAUCAGCUGCAUGAGCACGACAGCUACUGUGGGGGGAAGGGCUUCGGGAUGGUUAAUCUUCAGUACAAGAAGCCACACCAAUUAGUUAUGGACAUCAGGCUAGCAUAUACUUAAGCCAGCUUAGUAUAGGUGAAUGUGGGGGGUGGGCUGAAAAGCAGAGGGGGGGGGGAAGAUCUACUUAAACAUUCGGUAGUAGGCAUAAUUGAAAUAAUAAUAAUUAAAAGUAGAAAGAAAAAUGUAUUUCUUCCAUGUAAUUUUUUUCUUGAAUUUAAUCAUAGAUCCUUUAAAACAUACGUUUGUAAGCGCACUUGCCUUGCGUAGUGUAAGGGCAAACUAAGAUUUAUAGGUAUAUAAUUGCCUCGUAAAUAUAAAAGAUAAAUCAAACUCAGAGACACUGAUGUCCUCUGUUGCCAUAUUGAGGCACGCACUCUUGCCUUGAUGAGAAACACCUAUGCACAUUGAAACACAGCGAGACCCACGGAUGAACAUUUAGACACACCGAUAUAUUUGAAACAUCGAUACACACUGAUACACAUUGAUACAAAGUGAGACUCAUCCUAAGUUUAUUUUUAAAUUUACUUAUCGCAGCAACGAGGGGUUGGCCAAGUCUCUGAACAAGUAGAGCGCAUUUAGAACGUAUUUUGAUAUGAAUUUCUUUUAAUAUUGGUUUAAAUGUUAACACACAAAGUGACAGGACCAAGAUUAUCCGAUGAUGAUGAUAAGUUUAUUAUUAAAAAAAUUUCUAUAUGCAAAUGCAACCAAAAGAAAUGGAAAAAUUCUUACGUCCAACUUAUUUUUCUUUUUCGUUGAUACAUCUAUUAAUCAAACAUUUGUGUGCGAUUUAAAAAAAAAAAUAAUAGUUAAAAUAUGGCAACGCUAGUUUUAACAUAUCACUUCCCCUCGCUCCUCUACUGUUUGAAUAUCUCUUAUAUACGCUCCACCGAUAAUGCAAUAUCUCUACCACCAGUUUCACCAAUGUUUCUGAUGUGUCUUGCAUCAGUUCCACCAAUGUUGUACUAUCCCUACCAUCAGCUCCACCAAUGUUGUACUAUCCCUACCAUCAGCUCCACCAAUGUUUUACUAUCCCUACCAUCAGCUCCACCAAUGUUUUACUAUCCCUACCAUCAGCUCCACCAAUUUUUUACUAUCACUACCAUCAGUUCCACCAUUGUUUUAUUGUGUCUUCCAUCAGCUCCGCCAAUGCAAUGUUUUCUUAUUUUGUCCACCACUAUUCAAAGAGUUCUUGUGUCCUUUCCUCCACUGUUCUCGUCACGUGACAGGGACAUUGCACUAACGUGCACUCACUCUAAAAAACACAGGUUCACACCUCCGACUGUAGCCGUUGGCUGUAGUCGAUAUCAGUCAUUCAGAGAUGCCAGGCGAUGAGAGGGUGCACUUUCGCUAGGACAGUUGACACGUUGCCACGAGAGAUGGUCUCAUUCGGCAGUAGUCAUAUUUAAGAACCUUUUAUAGUACUCGUUGUUACUGUUGUUCUAAAUAUGCCUCCGUCAAGUUAUCCUUCACUAAGUAGGUUUAAACGAAGACAUACAGCUAACUUGACAGUAGUGUUAUGUGAUACAGUCUUGACGCCCGUUCUCCUUAUACGUUACAUAUUGACAUUGUGUUAUCUUAACGUAAACCAUUGAAACUUGGAGUUAUGGCUAAAAUAGACAAUUAAAGCCAUGAAUUCAUGUGCCUGUUUAUUAAAAUUAAAUAUAAUUUUACUUUUAUUUCGCAUUAUUAACAAUGCACUAAAACGCACUAAAAUUUACAGAUGUUUGGGUUUUCCCCAUAAUGUGAUUACGAUGCAAGCGUAAGAUCAUAAAUUUGCAAUAAUUAAUUUUUUUCUUAAUUUUUACAUUCAGAUAAAAUGUUUGAAAGAGUUCCAAAGUUUUUACUUUAAAUGUCUUUGUAAUUUAUAAUAAUAACACUUCACAUUUUAUUAAAAUAAAAACGGAUAUAUAAUAUUUUUUGCGCAUUUAAAUGUAUUUGAUUUGCGUAAAAUAACAGAAAAUAACUAUAAUUGUUUUUAAGAAUCCGAACGUAUCUAAAUACUUUCGGUUAUUUAGCGUCGUGUCAACAUAACUCAUUCUUAUAUAUUUAUAUAGGCCAAAAAACAAUUGUUCGUGAAAGUAAAGUUCCAUCGGUAAAAGAAACUAUGAAAUAUAAGUCAUUUAUUUAAUUCUUUAAACAGGCAACUAAAAACAGCAAGGUGUCUGGGCACAAUAUUUUGGUAAUGAGUUCUGAUCACCAUUAUAUGAACGCUUGCUUUGUAUCAGUUACUAUUUACCUCUAUCUGACCAAUAGCUGGAUAUUUUGUGCUAGUCACCUUUAGUUUCAAUUAUUUAAUUUUUUUUUUUUUAAACAUCAUGUUUCCCAUUGAUUUACAGUAUCGCCAACGACUUUUCAUUUGACGACGCCUUGGGAAAUUUAAGCUGUACGGUGGCAUCGUUUGACCCCAGGUAAGUCACGUGACUGAAGCAGUAACUUAGUACACACUCCCAUCCUCAGGCUCAAGAUUUAUAUUAGCUGAAACUCCCAGUCGCACAAAUUUUUCAUACCAAGGGUUGUUAGACCAAAACUACCCAAAAUAGAGAGGCGGAGUCAGGGGAGUACUGGACGACCUAGAAAAUCAGUUGAACUGCUGUUCUCUUGGAAUUUUUUUAUGACGGAUGCGGACAAAAAUUAUAAUCGAAAUGUGGGGGUGUGGCGUUGCAAAUGUGGGGGUGUGGCGUUGCAAAUGUGGGGGUGUGGCGUUGCAAACGAUUAUAACCCUUGGUUAAUGCUGAUGUUUUAUCAUUCGUGAUUGAAAAAAAAAAUAUUUUUUAGCCAUUGACACAAUUUGUUUUGUAAUAAUCCUCGCAGUAUGCACACAAAAGAUCACGUGAGAAGUCCACAUGUGUCCUUCUACAACAUGGGCAUGGGAGCCAUCAACACAAACAGUUUUGUGCCGAACAAGGACAGCUACGUUAAGGAUGACCAGAAAUGGAAGAUCAGGACGUUGAAAGGUGCCAUGGCGGAAUUGGGUCACCAAAAUGUAAGUCACUCGUGAUGCGUGGUUGUAUUUAUUUGUAACAAAUCAAUGUUGGUAUUAGGUUUUGAGUGUCCCUUUAUAAUUAUUUGGUUGAUCCUAGAUAUGUCACUUAGUGAGCAUUUCACUCCACAGUCCUAGAACGAGGGAGCAGCAUCAAACAUUCUCACAUCUUUGAUAAAUUGAAUUAUAACUUUACAACUUCUUUAGAAAUUAUAUAUUUUCUUGAUAUCAAUAUAUUUUAAAGCAAUUUUUUUUUAAAAGGUGUAAUGGGACAAUUGGGUCACCAAAAUAUAAGUUACUCCUGGAAUACUGUCAAAUACAUUUUUAACAGAUUGAUAUUAUUGACCUAAACUUACUUCCAAAACCUCUCAAACAGAAAAAGAACAAAUCAAAACCUAAUUCAUAUACCAAUCUUUCAUUAAAAAACAACAACAUUAAAAAUAAACAAGCUGUCUUCAUAUAUUGAUUGGGUGCAUGUUAGGUACUAGGACCAACUCAUCACUGCGUAGUCCUAUAAAGAGGGAGUAACAGCAAACAUCCCCACAUCUUUGAUCAAUUAAAUUACAACAUUAUCUUCCGAAAUCAUUUACUUUCUUGAAUUCUGAACAUUUAAAAGACAUAAUUUUUUUUAAAGGAACCAAAACAAAAAAAUAAUAAGUAAAAUUUUGUUUUUAUUUCUUUAAAAAAAAAAAAUAGAUCUAGUAAAGACAACAAAAAAGUGAACGGUUUUAAUUUAAAAGAUCUUUUUUUUUUCUUUUAUUGCAGCGUGUACUGGAUGUUUUGAAAAUUGAUAUUGAAUAUUACGAGUGGGCCGUGCUGGACAAUAUGUUUGAGACAGACCUGUUAAAGAACAUCCGGCACCUGCUGAUAGAGUACCAUUUGUUCCCUAAUAGGCCGGACAAAGGCGACUAUGUUUACCAUUAUCAUGUAAGGCUUAAAAUAAUUUCAACAUGA